AUGCCUCCUCCAUCCCCAGCAACCUCCCUGACAAAGUCCAGGCUUUUCCUCGCCUCUUUUAGAUCCUCUCCAACCACAAACAGCCUCCAACGCCUUGCUCACCGUCCACAACAACAGCGUCGAGCAAACUCCACCGCCGUCGAGCCCCCGCCAGCUGGGGGUCACUUGCCCGGAGUAGCGACUUCCAAACUACUAAAGUCGACUAGAGAAACUGCCCUUCGCAUUCCGGGCCUCAAAUGGGUCGACGAGGACACCUCGAGUAUGGGCGGGCGAGAGACCAGGAAGAUGAAUACCUACCAGGCAGUCCGCGACGCCAUGGCCAUUGCCCUCGCAAAGGAUAGCACUGCAGUGGUAUUCGGCGAGGACGUGGCUUUCGGUGGGGUCUUUCGUUGCACAAUGGGUCUGGCAGAGGAGUUUGGCAGAGAACGCGUAUUCAACACGCCUCUGACGGAGCAAGGCAUCGCAGGUUUUGGCAUCGGUCUUGCCGCUAUGGGACAAACCGCCAUUGCAGAGAUCCAGUUCGCCGACUAUAUCUACCCCGCGUUCGACCAGAUCGUCAAUGAAGCAGCCAAGAUCCGGUACCGUUCCGGAGGCACUUUCAAUUGCGGCAAGCUGACCAUUCGCACCCCCACUAUGGCGGUGGGACACGGUGGUCUUUAUCACUCCCAGUCACCUGAGGGAUUCUUCAUGGGAGCAACUGGUCUCAAGGUUGUGAUCCCUCGUUCUCCCUCGCAGGCCAAGGGCCUACUUCUGGGCUCUAUUCGCGACCCCAAUCCUGUCAUCUUCAUGGAACCCAAGAUUCUGUACAGAUCUGCAGUGGAACAGGUGCCCGUCGACGACUACGAACUCCCGCUUGGAAAGGCAGAAGUUCUUGUACAAGGAUCUGACUUGACUUUGUUGACAUGGGGAACUCCCGUCUACCACUGUGAAACGGCUCUUCACAUGCUCAACAGCCCUUCACCAGAGCUUGAACCCUACGUCCCCGCCUCUUUCCGCUCUGCAAAGAUCGAAUUGAUUGACCUUCGUUCUAUCCUUCCUUGGGACAUGGAGACAGUCGUCGAGAGCGUGAAGCGGACUGGUCGACUGGUGAUUGUCCAUGAAGCAGGCAUGACUGCUGGAGCCGGAGCUGAGAUCGCAGCUGAAGUACAGAAGAGGUGCUUCUUGAAACUCAACGCACCUGUACGGCGGGUUACCGGCUGGGAUCUUCCCGUCGCUCUCCAGUAUGAGAAGUUCCAUAUACCAGAUGCCAUUAGAAUCCUCGACGCCAUGGUUGAGACUUUGGCUUACUAG